GCUUGAGGUGGGCCGGUGCAUGGUUAUUGACCGUGGGUAAGGAUAAAAAAAAACAAGGAGGUCGGUCGUACGUUCACAAGAUCAAACACCAACAUUUGAUUGUGGUAACUCUUCUCUCGGUCCAUUCCCAAGUGCUGAACUUCAGAAGUGAUCCCAUUCGCUGGAGCAACCGAUCGUUCGUGGACUAGCGUCAUUUGUAUGGGCCGAGGCAUUUGCUUAGAGUGAACUGACUCUGUGCUCAUUGUCGCGGAGUAAGAGCAGCCAGCAAGCAUAGUACGAGUAGUACAUCACCAUUCUCCGCCAUCCUUUCUCCACGCUACUUAACUCCCCCAGACGCCCUUUCACCCGUCGCCACGCAUUCCUUCUUUUUUCUUCAUCUCUACUCUCCCCCAUCUAUCCCUUGCCCUAUCCUAAGAUACCCCAAUACCCUCCUCAUCACGUCCACCAACCACCAACAUGGCACAACAGAAGGUCAUUGUUGUCGGCGCUGGCCUCUCCGGUUUGAGCGCUGCUCACACUAUCUACCUUAACGGUGGUAACGUUCUGUUGCUUGACAAGAACAACUUCAUGGGAGGCAACUCCACCAAGGCCACAUCCGGUAUCAACGGUGCCCUCACAAGAACUCAAGUCGACCACAAGAUUCAAGACAGCGUCAAGCAAUUCUACGAUGAUACCCUCAAAUCUGCACGAGACAAGGCUCGCCCAGAUCUCAUCAAGGUCCUCACAUACAAGUCCGCCGCUGCCGUCGAGUGGCUGCAGGAUGUCUUCAACCUUGAUUUGACCCUCGUCUCGCGGUUAGGUGGACACUCCUUCCCCCGAACCCACCGUGGUCACGAUGCCAAGUUCCCCGGAAUGGCCAUCACCUACGCUCUGAUGCAAAGAUAUGAGGAAUUGGCCGAGUCCGAGCCAGACCGUGUCCAGCUCAUCAAGAAGGCCAAGGUCACCAAGGUCAACACCGAGGGCAAUGUUGCUACUGGUGUCACAUACGUCUUUAAUGGCGAGGAAGUCACCGUGGAAGGCCCAGUCAUCCUUGCGACCGGUGGCUAUGCUGCUGAUUUCACAGAGGACUCUCUGUUGAAGAAGCACAGGCCAGACACCUUUGAUCUUUCCACCACCAACGGCUCUCACGCCACUGGUGAUGGACACAAGAUCUUGAUGUCCAUCGGCGCCCAGGGUAUCGACAUGGACAAGGUCCAAGUGCAUCCCACUGGUCUUGUAGACCCCAAGGAUCCCACAGCCAAGACCAAGUUUUUGGCCGCCGAAGCUCUCCGUGGUGAGGGUGGUAUCCUUCUGAACAACAAGGGUCAGCGGUUCUGCGAUGAUCUCGGUCACCGUGAUUAUGUCUCUGGAAAGAUGUGGGAAGAGAAGGAGAAGGGCCAGUGGCCCAUCCGACUUGUUCUCAACUCAAAGGCCUCCAACGUUCUCGACUUCCACACAAGGCAUUACUCUGGUCGUGGCUUGAUGAAGAAGAUGACCGGCAAGGAGCUUGCUAAGGAGAUUGGCAUCAAGCCCGAGGAUCUCCAGGCUGAGUUCAAGAGCUACAACGCCAUUGCCAAGGGCGAGAAGAAGGACAUCUGGGGCAAGAAAUACUUCCACAACCUUCCUUUCGACAUCGAUGACACCUUCCACGUUGCCCACAUGGAGCCCGUUCUUCACUUUACCAUGGGUGGUAUCGAGAUCAACGACCAGGCACAGGUUUUGAACGCCGACGGCAAGCCUUUCGAGGGUCUGUUCGUCUGCGGUGAGCUUGCCGGUGGUGUCCACGGUGCUAACCGUCUUGGCGGUUCCUCCCUCCUCGGCUGCGUCGUCUAUGGACGUGUUGCAGGUGACUCCUCAUCGAAGUACCUCUUCCAGAAGGCUUUGAACAACGCAGGUGGUUCCGCGGUUUCUCGUCUUGGCCAGAUCUCCCUCCACAUCGAUCCCUCGCAGCCAGGCAAGGUUUCCGUAGAAUGGGGCAGCGGGGUCGUUUCUUCAUCCGGAGGUGAGUCGAAAGUCGCACAACAAUCCCAGCAGUCAGCUGCUCCAGUUUUGAAAAAGGACGCGGACUCAUCAGACCCCGGAAAGGUAUCCAAGCCGAAUGAGCCAAAGAAAUUCAGCGUUCCCGAGAAGGAGUACACCUUGGAGGAGGUCGCAAAGCACAACAAGAAGGACGACCUGUGGAUUGCAGUGAAGGGUGUCGUCAUGGAUCUGUCGCAGUGGACAGAUGAGCACCCAGGUGGCCCUCAAGCUCUUUUCAGCCACAUGGGACGGGAUGCGACGGAGGAGUUUGAGAUGUUGCACGAUGACGAAGUGAUUCCCAAGUAUGCGCCGGAGAUCGUUAUCGGCAGGGUGAAGGGACAGGAGGUGACAUUGGAAUACUGAAGUUGAUAGACGAUUUGAUUUAUGUACAUGUACUUGUAGCCUGUUCUACCGAAUGAAUUUCAAAAGAAUUAAAC